UUCUUCUAUGCCUAGGGCCGAGGAGCCAGCUCUCAUCCCCACUGAUCAAGGUUUCACUGAGCUGCACUAGACUUCCCAGCUGGGAACCCUGUCCACUCCCCCUUGUGCUACACAUUAGAUCUAGUGACACAGGAAAUGCUUGUCUCCUGCUGUUGAUGAAUAAUUUCAGAGUACUAUGGAUCAUGCUGAAGAAACUGAAAUCCUUGCGGCAACCCAGAGGUACUGUGUGGAUAGGCCUCUCUUUAGCCAUCUGGCCCUCCAGGAAAGACUGCACAAGAAGGACAAAAUUCCGGAUUCCAUUGGGGAUAAGCUGAAACAGGCAUUCACAUGUACUCCUAAGAAAAUAAGAAAUAUCAUUUAUAUGUUCUUACCCAUAACUAAGUGGCUGCCAGCAUACAAAUUCAAGGAGUAUGUGUUGGGUGACUUGGUCUCAGGCAUAAGCACAGGGGUACUUCAGCUUCCUCAAGGGUUAGCCUUUGCGAUGUUGGCAGCUGUGCCUCCAGUGUUUGGCCUGUACUCCUCCUUUUACCCUGUUAUCAUGUAUUGCUUUUUUGGAACCUCCAGACACAUAUCGAUAGGUCCUUUUGCUGUUAUUAGCCUGAUGAUUGGCGGUGUGGCUGUUCGGUUAGUACCAGAUGAUAUAGUUAUUCCAGGAGGAGUAAACGCAACCAAUGGUACAGAAAUAAGAGAUGCCUUGAGAGUGAAAGUCGCCAUGUCUGUGACCUUACUUUCAGGAAUCAUUCAGUUUUGCCUAGGUGUCUGUAGGUUUGGAUUUGUGGCCAUAUACCUCACAGAGCCCCUGGUGCGCGGCUUUACCACUGCGGCAGCUGUGCAUGUCUUCACCUCCAUGUUAAAGUACCUGUUUGGAGUUAAAACAAAGCGGUACAGUGGGAUCUUUUCAGUGGUGUAUAGUACAGUUGCUGUGUUGCAGAAUGUUAAAAACCUCAACGUGUGUUCCCUAGGCGUCGGGCUGAUGGUUUUUGGUUUGCUGUUGGGUGGCAAGGAGUUUAAUGAGAGAUUUAAAGAGAAAUUGCCAGCACCCAUUCCUUUAGAGUUCUUUGCGGUGGUAAUGGGAACUGGCAUUUCAGCUGGGUUUAGCUUGCACGAAUCGUACAAUGUGGAUGUCGUUGGGACACUGCCUCUGGGGCUACUACCUCCAGCCAAUCCGGACACCAGCCUCUUCCACCUCGUGUACGUGGAUGCCAUUGCUAUAGCCAUUGUUGGGUUUUCAGUGACCAUCUCAAUGGCCAAGACCUUGGCAAAUAAACAUGGCUACCAGGUUGAUGGCAAUCAGGAGCUCAUUGCUCUGGGACUGUGCAAUUCCAUUGGCUCACUCUUCCAGACCUUUUCAAUUUCAUGCUCCUUGUCUCGAAGCCUUGUUCAGGAGGGAACUGGAGGGAAGACACAGCUUGCAGGUUGUUUGGCCUCGUUAAUGAUCCUGAUGGUCAUAUUAGCCACCGGAUUCCUCUUUGAAUCAUUACCCCAGGCUGUGCUGUCGGCCAUUGUGAUCGUCAACCUGAAAGGAAUGUUUAUGCAGUUCUCAGAUCUUCCCUUUUUCUGGAGAACCAGCAAAAUAGAGCUGACCAUCUGGCUUACAACUUUUGUUUCCUCCUUGUUCCUGGGGUUGGACUAUGGUUUGAUUACUGCCGUGAUCAUCGCACUGAUGACUGUGAUUUACAGAACACAGAGUCCGAGCUACAAAGUCCUUGGACAGCUUCCUGACACUGAUGUGUAUAUUGAUAUAGAUGCAUAUGAGGAGGUGAAAGAAAUUCCUGGAAUAAAAAUAUUCCAAGUAAAUGCCCCAAUUUAUUAUGCAAAUAGUGAUUUGUAUAGCAGUGCAUUAAAAAGAAAGACGGGAGUGAACCCAGCACUUAUAAUGGGAGCAAGAAGAAAGGCCAUGAAGAAGUAUGCUAAAGAAGUGGGGAAUGCAAACAUGGCCAACGCAACCAUUGUCAAGGCGGAUGGAGAAGUAGAUGGAGAAGAUGCUACGAAGCCUGAAGAAGAUGAUGAGGAAAUAAAAUUUCCCCCAAUAGUCAUCAAGAGCACAUUUCCUGAAGAACUACAAAGGUUUAUGCCCCCAGGGGACAAUGUCCACACCGUUAUUCUGGAUUUUACCCAAGUCAAUUUUAUCGACUCUGUUGGUGUAAAAACUCUCUCAGGGAUUGUAAAAGAAUAUGGAGAUGUCGGUAUUUAUGUGUAUUUAGCAGGAUGCAGUGCACAAGUUGUGAAUGACCUCACUCAAAACCUAUUUUUUGAAAAUCCUGCCUUAAAGGAGCUGCUGUUCCACAGCAUUCAUGAUGCAGUUUUAGGGAGCCAACUCAGAGAGGCACUUGCUGAACAAGAAGCCUUGACUCCUCCGCCCCAGGAGGAUUCAGAGCCCAAUGCCACUCCUGAGGCGUGAGGAACUCAGCCUCUCCCGAAAUUAUUAAUUUACACAUUUUAAAUACUAGAUGCAAGAUUUUUUUUUUUUCUAGAGGUAAAUACUAGUAGUCAAGGCUUGAUUUGGAGGGUGAAUGACGCAUAGCAAGAUGUAUCUUACUUGUGUGUGUUUUUUUUAAAUUGACUAUUUCCAAGAUAAAUUGGCCUCUUACCUGCAUUUAUUGUGCAGUGACCUUUCUGUUACUUUUUAGUAUUAUCUUUGUCAGCUAAGCACUUACGAAUAUUUCUUUUUAAGUACUUUACCUACAAAUCAGAGAUGCUGUCACCAGAAGGGUAGUGGUUCUUUGCUUUUGUACUUCCUGCUCUACAGACUUUCUUUAAUUAGGGUUAUUGAACAGAGGUGGCAUACCCACAAUUUUCUAGAAGUUCUUUUAAAAUAAGCUUUGUUUUUAUAGAAGCAACAUAAGUGCAUUACAGAAAAAUAGAAAAAAUAGAUGAGUAAAAUAAAAAAAUAAAAACAUUAUGUUGCCACCACUCAAAGAUCAUCGCUACCACCUUAAUGCACAUACUUCCAGAUCUUUAUGAAUAUGCAUUUACAUCUUUGAACCAAAAUAAGGUCAUACUCUACAUAGUGUUCUGUAACCUUUUUUUCCCCCACAAUAAACAAUCUCCAUUUUCUCA